CGUCAUUUUCAGGGUUGAUUAAUCCAAUAUCAAUAAUUUUCUCAAUCAGUUGAUUAGUUGUUUGGUCUAUGAAAUGUCAGAAAAUGGUGAAAAAUGUCAAUCAGUGUUCCCUCAAUCAUUGCAGCUCUAGUCAAGAUACCACACCAAAUUCCCCAAAUUGAUCUAUGAGGUUUCGAGAUGAUAAAUCAGACAGGAGAGCGCAGAAUGAUGUGUUUCUACCACACAAAAUGAUGUUAUUUUCCUUGCUUGUACUAUAAAGAAAGGGUGCAGCAGUUGUAGGAAAUGGCCUUAUUGCUGUUUGGGGAGACAAAUCUUGAUCAGUUUAAUGUUAGUUGCACUGACUUGACACUAGAUGGCACCACAGGUAAACGUUUUCUGCCUCCAACUACACAUGACCUCUCUCUGAAGGCCUACCUUGAGCAGUAAACACAUUUUACAGCCAGCCAAUAUCUGCAGCAGCACACACCUUCCUUUGCAACACAGCGGUACAUAGUACAUUACAUGUACAUACAUGCCAGCUAGUCAUAACUUUGAAGGACAGACCAGGAGGUGCAUUCACGACUAACUGUGCACAACUAGUGGAUUUAGGUCUCUGAGGGAUUUCAACACAAUGGUGCCUCAUUCAUCGCUGAUCACAUGUGCCCUGCUGUUUAUACAACUAACCAGUGUAUCUGGAGGGAAAAUACUGGUGUUCCCAUUGGAUGGAAGCCACUGGGUAAACAUGAAAGUACUCAUAGAGGAGCUGCACGCCAAAGGCCAUGAGGUCACUGUGGUGCGGGCGUCCGAUAGCUGGUACAUCAGUGAAAAGUCUCCUCUCUACACGUCUGUCACCGUCGACACCCCGAAUGGAUUUGAGCAAAACUUCGCAACCUUUUUGUCUCCACAGCUGGAGAUCCGGCUUCAGGGUAAGGAUGCCUCUUGGUGGUCUCGCAUCUGGACUCGUAUCAAGAUGCAACGUGCGACUGUGGACCAGUUCAGUCAGUUCCAUAAGGGGAUGAGUGAAAUGGUCGCUCAGAUGUUUGAAGAUGAAAAGCUGAUGCAGUCUUUGCAUGAAGCCAAAUAUGAUGUGGUCUUGACUGACCCUGGCAUUGGCGGAGGGGCAUUGCUGGCGCGUUGGCUCCAGGUUCCCCUUGUUUAUAAUGUCAGAUGGACCAUUCAAGGUGAAGCUCAUUUGCUCAUGGCCCCUUCACCUCUGUCAUACGUCCCUUUCACUGCGACAGAGUUGACAGAUAAGAUGACCUUCCCUCAAAGAGUACUGAAUGUUUUUAGUUAUGCCCUCGGUAUGUACACAAUGUCCACCAUCACAGAACCUCACUACAAACCACUAGUUAUGAAGUACUUUGGGCCUGAUGUGGAUUACGCGACGUUUUUCCUGGAUGCUGAUAUAUGGCUCAUGAGGAAUGACUUCGUCUUUGAAUUUCCACGUCCAACAAUGCCAAAUAUAAUCUACAUGGGAGGAUUUCAGUGCAAGCCCUCAAAGCCUCUUCCUGCGGACCUGGAGGAGUUUGUCCAGAGUUCUGGGGACCAUGGGGUCAUUAUAAUGACCUUAGGGACUUUAGUCGGGGAACUUCCUCAAGAAAUCGCUGAGGAGAUCGCUGCAGCCUUUGCCCAGCUGCCUCAGAAGGUUGUGUGGAGGUAUCUGGGAGAACGGCCAGCCAGUCUGGGCAACAACACAUUAUUGGUCAACUGGCUGCCACAAAACGACCUCUUAGGACAUCCUAAAACCAGAGUGUUUGUGGCCCACGGAGGCACUAAUGGGGUCCAGGAGGCAAUUUACCAUGGAGUGCCUGUAGUCGGACUCCCCUUAUUCUUUGACCAGCCUGACAACUUGUCCAGAAUCAGAGCAAAGGGGGGAGCUGUGAUUGUAGAUAUCGCGGUGCUCGAUAGACACAACUUUGCAGAAGCCCUGAUGGCAGCUCUUCACAACUCCUCUUACAGGGAAAACAUGCAGAGGCUGUCGAGGCUGCACAGAGAUCAGCCCAUGAAACCACUGGACCAGGCCGUGUUUUGGAUAGAAUAUGUGAUGAGACAUAAAGGAGCCCGUCAUCUGCAGACACAGUCCCACAAAAUGUCCUGGUUUGUUUACAAGUCUGUGGAUGUCAUUGCCGCUUUGUUGACAGUUGUACUUAUUCUGACAUUCAUCUGCAUUUUCAUUGUAAGGUUACUGUGGAGGAUGAUGUUUGUGGGGAGGAAGGUUAAACAUGAAUGACAUUAAAAUAAAAUGUUGGUUUUAUGUGUGAAUUCUGAGCAAAACAAAACAUGAAGUCAGCUGUUAUCUCUGUGUGUGAUGUUCCUAAAUUUGUCAGUGAUUUGAAAUAAAACGGUGAUAUAAUUUUGACAUGAUUAAAACUUAUAAACCCAACAUGCCAAAAGUAUUUCUAAAAACGUAAAAAAGGGAAGUAAAUUGACUCAGAUAAAGACAACAGUGUUACGGACUUAAAAUACAUUUUCAACGAGGCCCUUUUUCUUUGUAAAAAUGGAAAAUGGGCCAGAAUUGUCUUAAAAUGUUCAUAAAAUAGGAAUGUAUGUGUUAGCUUACAUCUGACUUACAGAU